GCGGCCAGCCUCUUGACCCACUCCAGUAACGACAGCAGGGCACGACAGGAUUAGGCGACAGCGGCUGCAGAAGUAGGGGCUGAAGGGGGAGAAACAGCAGCCUUGAGCUGAGGCCGGGACCUUGGAGGAGCUGGAAAGCAGCCCACUGCAGAGAUGAAGGGAGAAGCGGGAAGCCAGCGACGUGAUGAGCAGCCAGAGCAGGAGGGACACAUCUGGGGCUCCAUGCGGAGGACGGCUUUCAUCCUGGGCUCUGGCCUUCUCCUACUUGUGGCCUUCUGGAACUCAGUCACGUGGCAUCUUCAGAGAUUUUGGGGUGCUUCUGGCUACUUCUGGCAAGCUCAGUGGGAGAGGCUGCUGUUCGCAUUUGAAGGGAAGGAGUGGAUCCUCUACAUACUAAGUAUCACCCACGUGCCCCUUGUGUUCUUCUGGGGCCUCAAUGGGCUUCUGCUGGUGGUCGACACAACCGGGAAACCCAGCUUCAUCUCCCGCUACCGGAUUCAGCCCGGCACGAAUGAGCCGGUGGACCCUGUGAAACUCCGCCAGUCUAUCCGCACAGUUCUGAUGAACCAGUUCCUGAUCUCCCUCCCCGUCAUGGUCCUCCUCUACCCCAUCUUAAAGCUGUGGAGAGACCCUUGCCGCCGAGAGCUGCCCACCUUCCACUGGUUCCUCCUGGAGCUGGUAGUCUUCACUCUGAUCGAGGAGAUCAUGUUCUACUACUCACACCGGCUCCUUCACCACCCAAAACUGUACAAGAAAAUCCACAAGAAACACCACGAGUGGACAGCUCCCAUAGGCGUGAUCUCCCUCUACGCCCACCCGAUUGAGCACCUGGUCUCGAACAUGCUGCCGGCGGUGGCGGGCCCCCUAGUAAUGGGUUCCCACUUGUCCUCCAUCGUCGUGUGGUCUUCCUUGGCCCUCGUCAUCACCACCAUCUCCCACUGUGGCUACCACCUGCCCUUCCUGCCUUCGCCUGAAUUCCAUGACUACCACCAUCUCAAGUUCAACCAGUGCUACGGGGUGCUGGGCGUGCUGGACCACCUCCACGGGACUGACACCCUGUUUAAGCAGACCAAAGCCUACGAGAGACACAUCCUCCUGCUAGGCCUCACUCCACUCUCCGAGAGCAUCCCUGACUCGCCGAAGAUGGAGUGAGAGGGCCCGGGGGCCAUCUUGGCCGUCCCCUCUGCAGACGACCAAGGUGGCCUGAGGCCUCCAGAUCACACCCAAGGACUUCCUCCUUCAGCCACACAGGCUCCAAGGACAGCACCACGAGGGCGGGGGGAGGGGCGGUCUCCAGGAAAUGUAGGCGAAGGUUCCCCCGACUGCCCUGGUUAUCCCUCAAGGGGGCCCAAAGUUCACUUAAGAGGGACCCGUCCUUGGGUCGGCAAGAUGAAGAAUGACAAAGGUAGCAGCCACAUUGGAGGCAAUGUGGCUCCAAAGAGCCCCUUCUGCUGCCAGGGGGAACCAGGACAUAGUGCUUUACCCCUUUCCUGUCCCCAAAACUUCUGUCAUACCCAACAGCGGCCAGGGUCGCAGCGGUCAAGACCCCGUCACCCAUCCCCCACACACUCAGUGACAAAGCUCCCAUGUCACCUCAGACGCACAGCCAACAAACAUCGUCUGUCUGGGGAAAGGAGAACACCAAUUGCGGAAGCUCCUCCCCAGAUUACCAUGGAGACGUCAGAGAAGUGCCGCCCAAACGCUGGUACCUUCAGCCAUCCCUGGGAACCAAAGCCGAGUCCUGCGCACCUGCUAAACUGGGGGCCCUUAACCCUACCGAAGGAAGGGUCCAAGUUGCUGACCUUUGGGGUCACUUGAAUGAGGCCCCUAAUGAGUCUCAGAAGCAGGACCCAAGGCUAGAGCCCCCUUCCUCCAAUGAGAAGGCAAGAAAAACACGGCUGAACAAAGGGCAAAACCCUCAUCUCUUCCUGGAGUUUCAAAACCAUUUAUUCGGGAUUUUAGCAAGGGGGACUUUUCAAACACAAUCUUACCAGGAACCUUAUCUAAAAACCACAGCUGCCUGAGUUGAAGCCGUCUCCUCACUUUUUGUCAGCAGCCACUGACACUGCUGGGGGCCCCGUGGCUCCCAAGAACCACCCGAAGACCACCCCAAAGGCCACCAUUGUCACUAAAUUCUUACACAUACUUGGGUCUAUUCCUGAACCUGCAGUUCUAGAACGCCCAGGUAACCACCCCCUGUAGCUCUGUGCAGUCCUCCACACCUGAUAUGGCCAUCUCUAGGCAGAACCAUCAGAAAGGACCCAUCAGUCCUAGGACCCCAGAGAACCUGCCCAGUGGGCCGACUGGGUGCGUACCAGGCAGUGCUCCGUGGCCUUGCCCAGCCCCGCCCAGCACUGGUGCACCCGGCCCCUCCCUAGGACAAGCUACCUGUACCCUUAGCUUGAAGUACAACUCCAGUGCACGGAUGCUGUAAGUUAUCACAGCUGCCGGCCUGCACCCGUAACUGUUCCUACACGUAGCUCACCUUCAGUAUACUUAACAAGGGUAAGAGAUGAGGAACGUGGAGAAAGAGGAAUGGGAACAUUUUUUCUUCAAGGUCUUGAGAGUUUGAAGCCACAGCAGGGUGCCUAGGGGGACAAGAGGCUGUCCUCUCACCCCUGGGGCAGGCAAGUGGCUGGGCCGUCAGAGGGGCCAGGACCCACCCUCUUCUGCAUCGAACAGAAUGGCCCUUGAGGCUGGUAAAAAAAUAAGGCUCAAGAGAAGGUUGAGGGGCAGAAAACAUGGAUGGGAGAGGAAGAAGCAUGGAAAAUAAACUGGUUUCCUUUAACUCCA